CCUGGAAACAUCGCAAGCCUGGUAGCAGAAAGCUUUCUAACUAAUGAUCUGCUUUGAUGCGCGCAUAGCUAAUCAGCUAGCCACUCAGCGACCAUGCUUUGGCUUCAAUAACUGAUUGACAGCCGCUGAUCUGCUGCAAGCGCUCCCGACUCUAGAAAUCAAAGCGGACUUUAACAAAACCAUUGGUGUUCAAUUAGAGGAGGCGGUAAUUUUCCUAAAAGACAAAUGCUAAUUAUGACGGGGGUGCAGCCGGGAGUUUAUAAAUGUUGAGCGACGUAUGAUAGAUCAGAUUGUAACACUUUGACACACUCAUGCGAGGACCUUCGAACACUUACUCAAUUAUUCAUUUCAAAUAGUAAAUAUUUCUAUGGUAAUUAUAACUAAGACGAAACAAUUGGAAGAAUCCGGAAUCACUGCUAGAUACAAUAAUUCUAUUAUAAAUAAGUAGUAAAUUCAUCAAUUGCUGUAGACUGUUAGGUGGAGUUACGCAAUACGGAUAAGAAUGAAUAUAACAGCGCAUCCACCGCACCAUUCACUAGGACUCACUACCCCCACCCCCGGGGCACUACACAUGACACACAUGACGCCGUACCAGGCAGCAACAGCCUCGCUGCAGAGAUCUCCGUUCGCGAUCCAAGAACUUUUAGGACUAGGGCCACAACAUGAGAGUAUCAGGGCACGCACUGACACGCCAUUCAUUCCACGAACGCUCUCCGGCCCUCUCUCAAGCCCUACCAGCUUUCCACCAUGGCGACACAGUUUUAUGUCGUUCCAUAACACACCCCAGACUUUCCUAGGUCUUGGGAUACAAGCGCCCAUCAGCCCAGAAUCUCAGUCGGAUGGCGACGAUGACAGUGAGAGAGGGGUGUUGUUUGGAGCCAGAGGUCUCAGUAAGAAAAGCAAGAAGAAGAAGCGACGACACAGAACGAUCUUCACUAGCUACCAGAUAGAGGAACUCGAGAAGGCCUUCAAAGAGGCGCAUUACCCGGACGUGUAUCAGAGAGAGGUCCUCUCACUCAAAACGGACCUCCCGGAAGAUAGAAUACAGGUUUGGUUUCAAAAUAGGCGAGCAAAGUGGAGGAAAACAGAGAAAACCUGGGGGCGCAGUAGUAUAAUGGCGGAGUAUGGUCUCUACGGGGCAAUGGUGCGACACUCACUCCCUCUACCGGAGACUAUCACAAAGAGUGCUAAAGAUGGCGUAAUGGAAUCAGCGGCACCAUGGCUGCUAAGCAUGCAUAAGAAAUCAAUAGAGGCCGCCGAAAAGUUGAACCUUAAUGGGGAGCAAACCGAACCCGCAGAACGAGAGGAGAAAGCUGGUCAUGCUCUAAAAGACAAGGACGAACUUCGGUCUGAGAGUAUCGCUGCGCUACGGGCAAAGGCGAUGGAACAUAGUGCGAAGAUUCGCGAAACCACCGAAGUUCUAUGUAGUCCAGAAAUUCAUCUCCAAGACACACCCCGUGCGUCAGAAAUGAGAGACUCCAAAGAGGGUAUUAAUAUACAUAGAGUUAGUAGUUUCGAUCUCCCACGAACCACGGACUUAUGUGAUCGAGAAGUUGCUACUGGUUAGACAAUAUGGGGACGUGUUUUGCUAUGGGGUAAACUACACGUAUUGUAUAUUUACUUAGCUAUACAGUCUCGGCCGAGCCACGAGUUGAAACAUCCAGCUACCACUGAUCACGUUGGGUCAAAUGCACGUGACGUUGUGACGUUUUUUAAAGGCGGAGAAGUACGUAUCCACCAGUUCUCUGCCAGAUCCGUGAAGUAAUAGUGAAUUUGUAGAGACUUGAAAUGGCUAUGAAAUCACUCACAAUGGUAUCACUCACAAUGUUAGUGUACAACUCUGAUUGGUCUAAAGUACACCAAAGAUGCAUAUUCUUGCCAAAUACAAUUACAGCAUAUCUGCUUUUUGGCCAUUAUUGUCAUAAUUGUAUUUUCUCUAAAGGUUUUAAACCAGCGUUUUUUUGUGUAAAUACAAACCAGUCAUUUCCUUAUUAUAGAAUAAAUAAAAUAAAAUGUCCUUUGAUUAAAAAGGCAAACAUAACAGGCCUGCCAUCUAUAAGAGACAUUGGCAACAAAAUGUUGUAUUGAUUUUUAUAAUUCACGUAAUGUACAAUUAACAAAGCUGAAAGUGAAAUCUCUCUUAAUAUUCCCAUUUAAAUAUAAUUAAACCUAAAUGAACAUGAUAAAAUAUGAACAGGCGAGAAAUCAGGCAUUCAGUGAGGAAAACAGAAAAAUAGUGAUAUUUGCAAUUGAUGACGUAAUGAUGACGUAGGUGAAGCUUAUUGUAUGAAUGUAAUUCAUUAUUAUAUGUAAAUUAUUUUUUAUUUUAC